UGCACCCUUCGUCAUCCGCGAGCUGACGUCCGAUUCCGGCUCGAUUUUAACCUCAAAAGAAGCGCGUCAACGUCCGAAGGAGCUUACAAUGCUUCCUGAAAACGUCGCGAACGAUUUCGCGCGUGAGCCCUUCAUGUACUCUUGACUCAAGUUCCGGAAGGCGAUUCAAUUUCAAUCGAGAUCAUCAGAUUAAUAAAGAAAAAGGGUCGAUCAGUCUCGUGAUUGCGAAAUUAUUUUAUAGCGAGUGACCUGGUGAAAAGGAUUCGAUUAAUGAAGUUCGUUCGGUUAAACGCUGGCGAAAGGUGCACACUAUGGAACGUAUUCUUGUAGACGGAUCGCGAGAGACAUUCUUGUCGAAUGCCCGACGUGUGAGUUGCAGUUUGAGGCCGCGAAUCGGAUAGAAGUAAGACAAAGAAGCAAAGCGAAGCGAAAAAGUUCCGUUAUCGUUGUGAAAACAAACUAUUAGCCUAAGAUAGCACUCGUCAAGCGCAGGAUAGAGUGACGAAUAGAAUGCAACAGUCUGAAAUAUAUCGCAACAGAAGUCGCUUGCGUGUUUUUCCGACAGACGGUCCGCGGAAAAACUGCAAGAAGUGCACUACAUGAAGAUACAAUCGUAGCUUUCUAUUGGUUAUAUAGUUGAUUGCGAUGUGGAGCAAGUUUUCUUAUAUAAGGAUCUGACUGAAAGACUAAAGUUUGUACUUUGUGGCUGAAAUUUUUCAUGGAAAUUGCUGCAGAAAUUGUAACAAUUGUUUGUACCAAAGAAAUUUUGUGAUUAACAACGUGUGGGACUCUUGUUAUAUUUCGGCAGUCAAGGUUCUCUUCCGAGAGAUUACGUUAGACAAGAAUUGCUACAAUUAUACUAUGAUUCUUGUUGAAAGAGGACGCGUUAGAUUCCAUGUGACAAAAGUGCUAAAUACAGAAAAUACCCUGAUAAGAUUGUCUUCGAAAAUCAGGAAAGGAUCUCGACUUAGACAUUUUAUAGAAAAAAGUCACUUCAAAGAACUCUCGUCGGAUUGUUUUUGUCGACAAAAAUUUGAAAGCUUCCACCAAGAAAAUAAGAAAAAAAUUUGAUAUAUUUUAUACGAUAACGAUUUGAAGAACGGAGGAUGCUAGCGAGAGGCGAUCUCAAGGAACCGGUCGCAGGAUCGACGACGAAAUAGGAGCACGUCCUAACGCUAAUGAGGCGGCGAUCACGAUGGAGCCACGUGCGAUGAUGAUGUCGAACCUGUCAUGCGACGGCUGCGCGGAUAGCGACCGGGACUCGGACAGCAGCAGCAUGAUCGUGGACCCGGUGAGUCUCGACAAGAACGAUCUGUCGCCGCCGUCGCAGACGUCAUCGAGCCCGGUGAUACCGAGCUGCUCGCCGAUACCGAUGCCGACCUCGGCGCCGUCGAGCGGCAGGAAUCGAGGCGGUGGCAGCGGUGGCGGCGGCAGCGGGGGACGUUCCAAGAAGACGUACUCGAUGAUGUCGGCGUCGAGUCAGUCGGGAAAGUCCAGCUCGGGUCAAUCCUCCAGCUACAGCCCCGAUAAGAUGUCAUCGUCCUUGAUAAAACCACCCUAUUCGUACAUCGCUCUGAUCACCAUGGCGAUCCUGCAAUCGCCGCAGAAGAAGCUGACGCUGAGCGGCAUCUGCGAAUUCAUCAUGUCUCGCUUCCCCUAUUAUCACGACAAGUUUCCCGCCUGGCAGAACUCCAUCAGGCACAACCUGUCGCUCAACGAUUGUUUCAUCAAGAUUCCGCGCGAGCCGGGCAAUCCGGGAAAGGGCAACUAUUGGACCUUGGACCCGCUGGCGGAGGACAUGUUCGACAACGGUAGCUUCCUGAGACGCAGGAAGCGGUACAAGAGGCCGCCCCCGCACUACGUCCUCCGGGAUCGCGCGAUAAUGGCUACCUUCGCCAUCUGCGGCGAUCGGGGACCUUGUCCCGGUGGCGGUGGCGGUCAUCCGAACGCCCUGACUUAUCCCGGUGCCGCUUAUUUAUCGCCGCCACCAGGCUUGCCGCUGCUGGACUUCUCCCCGUCGACCUUGGAGGCGUUGAAGCUCGGCGGUUUCCUGGAACCGCCGCCGCCGCUCUACAAACCCGUUCCCAUCACGGCACCGCCGAUCAGGCAGAUCGAUCCGACCCCGGCCAGGAUCACGACGCUGCCGGCCAGCCACACGACGAGCGUCGACAAGAAGCGCAACUUCAGCAUCGAUGCGCUCAUCGGUAAACAGGCGGCCAACGACCAGAAUUGCGGCGCGCUGUUGGAUCUCAGCCCGUCGGAGCAUCGAGAGAUCAGAAGCCAGGCCUCCGCCUUCUCGCCCCUCGUCUAGGAUCCCUAGCGAUCCUCUUUCUUCAUUGCAAAUAGUGACUUUCCUAGCGAUGGCGUAAUUGAGCGCGGAUGCGCUUUAAACAUGCGUCCUUAAAAAGAAUUGAUAACUAUCACCGAAUGAAAAGUCCGCCUUUUUAAUUGUCAACAAUUAAAGUCCAAGAGCUUUCUUCCGAUUUAGUUUCCGCCCCUCCUUGAAAUAAAAAGUCGCACAAGAGAGAUGGCAUUCUCUCCUCUGGAGAAGACAAGUGAUCGGACCGUAAAGUGGACACUGAACCUUAUCGCGUUAUCGAAUAGUGACCAUAUCGAGAUCACAUUGGUGAACUGUGCGUCGCUCUCUGAUCAGAGACUUAACUUUAUCGGAGUAUCUUCAAGAGAUUCUCAAGAAUGACCCCAAAGAAUGUAAUCGCUCCGCGAUGGACAACUCGCUUCAAAAAUGAUGGUAAUCGAUAUCAACGGAUAUUUUCUGAUCGAUGUCCAAAAUAAAAGAAACAUUUUAAUUUUGUGAUAGAGUAUACGAUAUAUUUGCAAUUCCAAAAUUAUAUUUCUCCGAGGUCUUCAUUUUUUUAGAAUCGAAACACAAGAGAAAUCUUAUUGAUACAAAAUCAGCAUCUCCAUAAUAUUCUACAAAUAAUAAGUUUUUCUUCAACU